CACCAUGGAGUGCCACCGCCUCGUCCCGCUGCUUCUGCUGCUCGGCCUCCUCGCCGGAGCGGCAGCGACCACCGGGGCCGAGGCGCAGUCGUGCGAGCCCACCACCCUCGCCACCCAGAUCGCGCUCUUCUGCGCCCCCGACAUGCCCACGGCGCCCUGCUGCGAGCCGGUCGUCGCCUCCGUCGACCUCGGCGGCGGAGUCCCCUGCCUAUGCCGCGUGGCGGCCCAGCCGCAGCUCGUCCUCGCCCGCCUCAACGCCUCCCACCUCCUCGCGCUCUACACCGCCUGCGGAGGACUGCGCACCGGGGGCGCCCACCUCGCCGCCGCCUGCCAAGGUCCGUCACCCCCCGCCGCCGCCGUCAUCGCCCCGCCGCCCGCCUCCCCUCGCCGCAAGCAGCCAACCCGCGAGGCCCCUCCCCCGCCGCCGCCGCCGCCGAGCGAGAAGCCGUCCCCGCCGUCUCAGCAGCAGCCCGGCGGCUCCGUCCAGGGCAAGGCCGUCCCCACCCGUCCGGCCACCCCCUCGCAGCUGGUGCCGGCCGCCGCGCCCACGCCGCCGCGCUCCGGCGCCUCCGGCUCCAACGAGGGGCUGUGCACCUUCUCCACCGCCACGCUCAUCAUCUUUUUCGUCACCAUCCUCAUCCUGCUCGAAUGAGCCCGCCGCCAACCAUCGCCAGUGUCUGAGUUGAGCCCCUAGCAGCAGCAGCAGCAGCAGUAGUACUCGUCUUCGCGAUUUUGCUUCGGCCGUCGUCGUGGUCGUCGUAGUAGGACCAGUAGUCAUCGUAGUUCUGUUGCAUCUUUCCCGUGAUCGAUGGAGUCAGAAGAAGACGGACGUGAUCGUUGAUCUGGCAGUAGUACCGUAUGAUAUCCGUAGCAUGUUCGUGUGCCUCCUCGGUCUCAUUGUUUCUGGGCGAUCCAUCACUUGCCUGGGCGAGGUGAGCCGAAAGAGAGUCGAAUGUGGCCGAGAAGAACACUGUUGUUUCGCGUUAAUCUAGUUUCUGCAGUUGCAUUUCGCUUGCUGAUGAAUGAUGAUGGAAUGUUGGAUAUUCUGCUCCGUUUUUUGCUUG